AUGAAAUGGAUUGGCGCCAACUCUUUCCGCACAUCUCAUUACCCGUAUUCCGAGGAACUGAUGGAUAUGGCGGACGAGACCGGGAUUGUGGUCGUCGACGAGUGUCCGGCCGUCGGUUUAAACGCUUUUAACGACGCUUUACUAAAACAACAUUUGGUGUCAAUUAGCGAAAUGAUUCAAAGAGAUAAAAACCGGCCAUCAGUGGUCAUGUGGUCCAUCGCUAACGAACCGCAGUCUUCUAAAAAGGAAGCCGAAGAAUACUUCAAGAAAGUGUCGGCUCACGCCAGAAGUCUGGACAAUACUCGGCCCAUAACUGCGGCCAUUAAUGCCGAAUACAAUACCGAUAAAAUGUCACUUUCGUUGGAUGUGUUGAUGAUAAAUAGGUAUUACGGCUGGUAUCAGGACACCGGUUAUGUGCAAGUGAUUGAAAAACAAUUGACCACUAAUAUAAUGAAUUGGUAUAACACCCAUAAGAAACCAGUUAUGAUCUCAGAAUACGGUGCGGACACUGUGUCCGGUUUGCAUCAGGACCCGUCGUAUGUGUUCAGUGAAGACUACGAAUCAGAGUUUCUUAUGGCUUAUCACAAAGCGUUUGAUAACUUAAGAGCCGAGGGUUUCUUCGUUGGCGAACACAUCUGGAAUUUCGCUGAUUUUAUGACUGAACAGUCGAUUAGUCGAGUGAUGGGCAACAGAAAGGGUAUAUUCACGCGGGAAAGACAGCCCAAAGCCGGCGCCCGAAUCCUUCGCUGCCGUUAUUGGAAUUUGGCUCCACUUAAGACUGAACAGCACUCCGGCCUCUCGUACUGUCCUGUCGUCUAAUCGCAAACAUUUGCUCAC